AUGCUUGGACUGGAUAAGCGACGCAAUACUGUUGCUCGAGAAACAGAAGAACGUUCGUUCAUCCUAGAUCUGAUUGCCCCACUGACAUCGAAAGUCAUUGAAGUUAGCGAUGAAGGCAGGAGAGAUAAGAAGCAUCGAUAUGCGGUAUCUUCAAAGUUAGUCAGCGAGGAAGAUAUCUUGAGAACGGCUACCAGAGAAACUUACAAGGUGAGCACCAAAUUUCAUUGCUUUGGUAGUUCCAUACCCGACGUAUACCUACAUGGCCACACAGAAGAUAAUUAUUUAUCUUUUGAAUGAUGUAGUAUGCCGUAAACAUACGGUAGAGAACGCUUGUAUUGAUAUUACUCUGUAAUUUCUCAAACUGAUCAUUGCUAUCAGGAAACAGGGCCAACGGAAGCACGAGCAAGGAGAGGACCGUGGUGAUUGGCGAAUAAUCUCGAAGAGCCGUCAGGAUAGCCACAACUCUCUGGAGGGCGUCUAA